AAACUUUUAAAUUGAAAAUAAUAGGAUUGUGAAAGGUUAUAAUUAUCUUAUUAUGUUUGGUAAAAGUUGUAUAUAUUAACUCAAGAUUGUUUUUUCUUUAUAGGAAACACUCCUUUACAUCUUGCUGUGAUGCUGGGGAAUAAAGAAUGUGCCCACUUGCUUUUGGCCCACAAUGCUCCUGUGAAAGUGAAAAAUGCUCAGGGAUGGAGUCCUCUUGCAGAAGCCAUCAGCUAUGGAGACAGACAAAUGAUUACAGCACUGCUAAGGAAACUGAAACAACAAUCUAGGGAGAGUGUUGAGGAAAAGCGACCUCGAUUAUUAAAAGCCCUGAAGGAGCUGGGUGACUUCUAUCUUGAACUUCACUGGGAUUUUCAAAGUUGGGUGCCUUUACUUUCCCGAAUCCUGCCUUCUGAUGCAUGUAAAAUAUAUAAACAAGGUAUAAAUAUCAGGCUUGACACAACACUUAUAGAUUUUACUGACAUGAAGUGCCAACGAGGGGACUUGAGCUUCAUUUUCAAUGGUGAUGCUGCACCCUCUGAAUCCUUUGUAGUUUUAGACAAUGAACAAAAAGUUUACCAACGAAUACAUCAUGAGGAAUCUGAAAUGGAAACAGAGGAAGAAGUUGACAUUUUGAUGAGCAGUGAUAUUUAUUCAGCAACAUUAUCAACCAAAUCAAUUACUUUCACACGUGCCCAGACAGGAUGGCUUUUCCGAGAAGAUAAAACAGAAAGGGUAGGGAACUUUUUGGCAGACUUCUACUCGGUUAAUGGGCUUGUGUUAGAAUCAAGGAAAAGACGAGAACAUCUCAGUGAGGAAGACAUUCUUCGAAAUAAGGCUAUCAUGGAAAGCUUGAGCAAAGGUGGAAACCUGAUGGAACAAAACUUUGAGCCUGUCAGAAGGCAGUCUCUUACGUCACCUCCACCCAACACAAUUACGUGGGAGGAGUACAUAUCUGCAGAAAAUGGAAAAGCACCUCAUUUGGGUAGAGAACUGGUCUGCAAAGAAAGCAAGAAAACAUUUAAAGCCACAAUAGCCAUGAGCCAAGAAUUUCCUCUGGGAAUUGAAUCGUUAUUGAAUGUUUUAGAAGUAAUUGCACCCUUCAAGCACUUUAACAAACUCCGGGAAUUUGUGCAGAUGAAACUUCCACCAGGCUUUCCUGUAAAGUUAGAUAUACCUGUGUUUCCAACCAUCACGGCCACUGUGACUUUUCAGGAGUUUCGCUAUGAUGAGUUUGAUGAAUCAAUCUUCACAAUUCCCGAUGACUACAAGGAGGACCCUAGCCGCUUUCCUGAUCUCUAACAUAACUGGAAAGUUAUCAGUAAAAGAACACCAGCAUGCCACAGAGAGAAAAACAGGAUGCAGAAAGCCCACUGACGUGUUGUAAAGUGGGUGAAUUGGAAGGGAUAACACUUGUUUAAAUGAAUUCAGAAAGGGAACACAGAGUGAAUCUCAAUCAGUUGUACCAUAUAGCAAGCAUCCAUCUAGUGUCUAAAUGAGGGCAAGUCUCCUGAUGAAUCACAAACAUUUAUACUGUACAUCCAGACCUGCAAGCAUUGUAGCCUGGCAAUUCGGUGAAUCCCCCCACCUCCCCACAGAUACUUACAUAACAGCUAUAAAGACUGUCAUUGUUUUUCCCCCAUAUAUAUAUAUAUAUAUAUAUAUAUUGGUAAUAAAAAAACCCACUCUUGGACCAUUAGCAUAAAAAACUAAAAUGUCUUACCUUCUAUUUGCCCUUUAAAACAUCCAUCUUCCUCAAGAUGCCCUCAUAAUGUUCCUCCAAGCUUUGUUUUCAUAAAUUGUAAAUUCUGUAAUAUUUUGUGAACUGAACAUCAGUUGAACAUAUAGUAGAAAGAAUUAAUUUUCUGUAGAUGAAUGAACCAAAUGGUAACCAUUUAAACAGUUGCAUUUACUUAUUGCAAUACGUUUCAGAACUAGAGCAUUCACUCUGCAGGGAAUAAGGUACCUCCUCUUAGCACCUUAGUGCAAUUCAUUGUGGUGCUAUUCAUAUUUUUCCCAUACUGUCAGUUUCUCCACUGAAAGUUGUUUAUUAAUCUUCUCAUGAAAUCUGCAGAUAUGUUUUCAAACUGGUUGGAAAUGUCCUUGCUGUGUGUGUUGGAGAGCAUGCUUGGAGAUUUUAUUAGCCUACAAGUUGAAUUGCUGACGUUUUACUUUGGGCUUAGCCGAUCCACAAAAGCUGCCCAUCAAACACACAAACCUUGCAUUGUUACAGCAACAUUUGGAAAUAUAUUGAAUAUAUGCAGUUACCUUACAAACAAUCUCAGAGCUUAAGCUUUUCUUAAGUGAAAAACUGGGAGAAAUGAAUAGGGCUUGCAAUGAAUAAAAUAAAUCAGAAGUAUAAGUAUGAGGGUUUUUUCCAGUGUGGGUAAUUAGAGAAAGGCUGUUUGUUUUUCUUCAGAUGAAUUUUUUUAAAUGAGGAUCUUCACAUGAUUCCAGUGUAUGAAACUUGAAGAUAACCUAGCCUUUUUGCUUUACUGGAAAGAAUGUGUCCCAAACUGUCAGUACUUAUGUUCAUUUAUAUCCAGAGGUUUAGCUUCCAGUGGUGUGUAAAUGUAUAAUAAUGUAAAUAUUUUCAGAAGUAUAUUCUUUGUGCAGUCUAGUCAAUCUUCUUUUCUCAAAACUGCUCAAGUCGCUUUCAGACUUGAAGAAAAACAUGGUGCUGGGUAGUACAGCCCAGUGCUCGUGAUAAUUUGGAAUGUGAAAUGAGGUGGGGUGAGUUAGCGCGCAAUAAAACCGGACUAAUGACCCACAUAAGCUCUGUCAGGAAAAAGGUGCAAGGAUAGUCUCAAGUACUGUAGCUUUGUGCUCGAAUCAUGUGCAAAGAGGUAGCUCCAGAAGACUGGAGCCUUGUGACCUACAACAGUGGGAGGUGAUGGGCUCAAUUCCAGAAAUAUUGUAAACCUGUUCAAAGUCCCAACCUUAACUGACGUUGAGAAUGAAGACUGACAGCACUGUGUUUGAACACAGCCUCUGUUGGCUUUGUGUGUAUUGUUGUAGGUGCCAUGCUUUGGAAAGUACCAUCUCACUACCAGUAUCCAUUAUGAGAGGUGCAGCCUACCCUUGUAAAUAGAUAAUGAACAUUAAAAUGGAGAGGCAGUUUGUCAUUUUUAAAAAAAAUAAAAUCAUACUCUGUUUCUUCUUGUGAGAUGAUCAAUAGAGGAGACAUUGGGCAUGCAAAUGUCUGAUACUAUAGGUUGUACCCAGUUAACAGCUUCUGUCGGUUUGCUCCUGAGGCUUGGGGGAACCCUCUGGAGCAGAUUUAGGAGAGGAGGCUGCUGGAAUGGGAGGAGAAGACAACAACCUGUUGUGUGAAUGGAGGCCUGCUCUUUUAACAUCCAGCCUUGCCCUUUGUUAUCAGUCCAGUAGAUAUAAAACAAGGAGAUGCUUUAUAUAAAUAUAUAAUCCUGUUCUCAUAACAAAUGGGCUUGAUUAGGUGAUGGCCAUAAUUCUAUAGAAAUAUGCAAUUGGUCAGCGCCUCUUUAUUAUUGGGUAAAUAAUGCCAAAGUUGUUAGAGAGGUCUAAAAAUAAAAAUAUUGUCCCAAGAAGUGUCACACUAGCACAUUGCAAAGGGGUUCAUUUCAUGUUGGUUUAGGGCAGGACCAUUUUAGUUUAGUCUCAUUUAUUUCAGCAAGUCUGUUGAAAGAUCAGUCUGGAAUCCAAGCCAGUGGAAUUAUUGUCAUAUUUCAUAAAGUCACAAUCUUUGCCUCAUAA